UAAAGAACUCAUGGCCUUACCUGUUUUGUCUGAAGGGGAUCUUUUUACAUUUCCAAUUGCUUACUGACAUCUCACUGCUACAAAAAAUCAUGGAGAGCAUUGAAGGGAAAGGAAAGAGGAUUCUAAGAUUUAUUCAAGAAAAGCCAACAAACAAAGAGGUGUGUGCUGUUCUGUCAAAGUAUCAAGAGGGAAAUUCUCUGGUCCUGUGCAUCUUAACUCUUAAUGGCCCAUUUCAAAGAGAGAACAGAAUCACUUCUAAUUGAAGCUGAUGCAGCAGCAACUGCAGCCGACAUGGAAAGAGAGGGAUUACCGGAUUCACCCGCAUUGAUCAUCCAAGGUGAAUCCAUGACCCCAAGCAAAUGGAUGUUGUCUGUCGAGAGGGAAGUUGUCCUGGGCCCAUUUUCAGAGGCAUUUGUUGAGGGCCUGGCAGCAUUGUUUGCGACCUAUUACAACUUAAAUCUUGCUUAUCAGGAUGACGCUGCAUGCACGCUGGAAUUUAUUCAGAGUUUUUACUCCCCUCCCCGUGCCGCACCGCACCGCCAACCCCCAACCCCCACAUCGCAUUACACUCCACACGUGAAAGCGGGAGACAGGAGAGCAAGCUGUGCCGUCACCGUGACCGUGACUGUCGGAGAGAUGUCAGCCAAAUCUUCUGUUAUACAAUUUGGCUACCUAAACCACAAAGAGUUCAUCUGUAAAAUUGCAUCCAAAAGAAAACAUACUGUACAGCAGUGUGUAAGUUCUGCAACCCAACGCUUACUGAGACGGCUGGGACCACAUCAAACUUCUAUCGACAUUCGGAAAGGAAGCAUAAAGAAAGAGGACUUGUGGGCAUCAACCUGGAAAAUGGAUCAAAAGUUGCUGCUGGAAAGCGAGACAAGAAAAUGCAUGGAAUGAACCCACAUGUAUGCACACUGUUGCGUAAACUAAUGGACUUUGAAUGGCUUGUCGCCAUUUAAAGUAUUUCAAUAGAAUUGAUACCACUGACCCGAUUUCCAACACUCUAAAAAAUGAUGUGUUGGAUUUACUUAAAAUAUGUAUGCACCAUUUUUGCAUCACACUUUUUAAGUAAACCCAACUUGGAAAAAAUUACUUAAAAUUAACAAGAAAACUGUUGUUAUAUGUACUUAAAUUUUUGGGUACACUCAACAUUGUUUACUUAAAAAUAUAUGUAACAUGGUAGAAUUUGCUAAGUAAUUGCAAGUUAAGUUAACUUAAAAUUUAAGCUCAUUUAUGUUAAAAAAGAUAAUUAAUUGAGUUGAACCAAUGUAAAAUUUUAACUUAUUUUAGAUCAUCAGCUAUUGGUCUGCAUACUGCACUGCUGCUUGAAUGGGUUAAACGCAGAGCACAAAUUCCUAGUAUGGGUCACCAUGUCACUUCACUAAAAUAAAUUACACAUGCAAAUCACACAAAAUAAAGCAUUUCACUUUAUUUUUUGAAACAGGCUGCAAUACAAUGGUGAAGCCUAAAACCACACAUCAUGAAUGUACAACAAAUGUGUCAAAUUAACAAAUGAAAGUUCACUUCCAACAGGACACUUCCUUGAUGCUGCCCCCUUUGCAACACAUUCUUGCUCUGAACUAGAAGGAGAAAAAAACAGUUUUAUAUUUAGUAUGAAUAGACAAGACAUUGCAGCGUCUUACUAGCAUAGACCUUUUCAGUAAAAGAUUGUAUAUACUAAAAUGACCUAAAAUGACGCAUCACCUUUUUUUGGCAAAAUACUCAUAUACUGGUAAUUUAUCAAUACUGUUAUUUAAAGAUAUUAAUAGAUUACGUUUUUGCAUAAUGUGCUAUGCUGAGACCAGCGGAUGUGGCUAGCGUGUCACGCCCUUCUGCUCCGCAUUUACGCAUGCGUAGAAGUUUCUCAUUAUUAUAAGAAAAUAUGUUACGAGAAACAAAGUCAUUAUUACGAGAAACCUUUUCGUUAUUAUGAGAAAAUAGUACUGGUGGUAUGAUGCACCCGUGAGCGCUAAUUAUAUAAAUGAUUGGCAAUUAUCUGUUUGUGAAUUAUUCUAAAAAAUGAAAAAAAAUUACGUUUCAAGCCAACUUUUCUGGUUCAUUUUGAUGGUGGGAAUUGAACAAAGAACUGCAAAGCGUUACACGGAGCAGGGCGGGAACAGCUUCAUCCGAAUUCGCAAUUAUCUUAAUGCAAACGUGCCAACGUGAUGCAUGGUCAUAUACCUCUGAAAUAAACAAAUUAACCACUAGAACAUUCAUUCGAUGGAGGCACACUGCUUUUAGGCGGACAAUCGCGUGUACACUCGUUCAAACUGGACUUUCAUAAGUAUUCAAGUAACACGUUUCUAAUUGUUGAAGCUAAAUUCGUAGCAAUUCAGAAAUUCAAUUUAAAAAAGUUUCUUUCUUGACCACAAACGCAUUAACACAAAUAAACGAAUGUACGUUAAAACGACAAAUCUUACCUCUUUUCAGCGUCUUCGUCUCUUUGCGUUUCAGAAAAUAUCUUCAUCUAACACUACAAACAAGUGUUUAUUAAUGUCAAAACCUCAAAAUCGAAUAUUUUGCUUAGUUUAUAGAAAGUUAAGCUUACCUCUUUCCACCGUCUUCACAUCACAAAAUGGCUCCAGUUUUUUUUUCCAGAUUUGCAUAUCACGUGGCUCACAGUCAAACUUAAAAUAUUAUGUUAUAAUUACUUAGUUUUGAUGCAAUUUUAAUACUAGUU